AUGAUUUCUUCUAAAAUGGUUUUUCGAAUCAUUUGUUUCUUUGCGCUUGCACUUGGAGUCUUUGCUCAGUCUAAUGAGUUAGAAAGACUGUCCCUAAAACCACCCUACAUUAAUCACGGAAUGAGAAGUUUGUGGUGGGAAUACGGUGGAAGCACUGUUGUGGAUAAAAAAAAUGGUAUAUUUUUGACUCAAGAUUUACAACAUCAAAGUGGAUGGCUGUCGACCCGAUUACCUAUCCCCGCCAACAGCUUUGAGGUAUUGUUUCAAUUCCGUAUUUCAAGUGAAUCCAGAAAUCUCUUUGGUGAUGGCAUGGGAUUGUUUUUGACCGAAGAGCGUGCCAAAUCAGGCCCUGUUUUUGGCUUUACUGAUAAUUUCAAGGGUUAUGGUAUAUUCUUUGAUACUUAUAACAAUGGCCGAUCAGGAACAGUUUUCCCUCGUGUUAUCGUUAUGCAGGGUGAUGGAAAGACGUCUUAUGAUGCUGACCGCGAUGGAAAAGAAAACGAAAUCGCGGGAUGCAGUGCGUUACACUUGCAUAGCAGUGAUUACACUUUGGGUAAAUUGAAGUUCGACAAGAAGAGUAAGGUUCUUCGCUUAGAAUUAGCAUAUGAUGCUAGCUCCGACUUUAUUAAGUGCUUUGAAAUGGAAGACGUUAAUUUGCCUGCUACUGCUUUCCUCACGUUUUCUGCUAUUACUGGUGAGUUGAGCGAAAAUCAUGAAAUUCAUAGCAUUAGUAGCAGAACAAUUACCGACAUCAAUGACGAGUUCAGUCCUGAAAUUCCUCAAGAAGAAUUAAAGGGACCUAGUACCAAGCGUAGUCCUUGGAAGCGUCGUUUCAUUUUCGUUCUCGUUACCUUGAUUGUAGUUUUUUCCGUCUUUUCCUUACGUUCAUACCAACAGAAGCAGGAAAGAAUUCGUCGUUCUCCUGUUCUUUAA